AAAAAAAAAAGAACACUUAAAAUCCAUAGAUUUCUCUUUUUGUGAUUUGUUUUCAUCAACUUGGUUACUAUUGUUGAUUAAUAAUUUUCCCUUUUAAUCUUGUUUGAUUUGUCAACUUGAAAAAGAAUUUCUCUUUCAAAGUAUUGUUUUUGGUUUGCAAAAAGAUAGAUUCCUUUUUUCUAAAACAUCACUCCAGUUCUUCCCUUCCCCUGUUUCUUCUCUGUUCUUCAAGCUCGGUUUCUGUUUCGAUAUUUCCAUCAAGACCCAUCUCCUAUUUUAUAUAAAGUUUCAAUCUUUUUGUUUCUAUAAAGUUUUUGUUGUAAAAAAGAAGGAAAAAAAAAUUGACGGUUUCUAUCAGAGAAAUAUACAAAAAAGAGAAGAAGAAGAAGAAAACAUAAUAAACUUUCUCAUAUUUUAUAUUCUUUUUUGCUUCUUUUUUCGGUUUUCUCUUAGCUUUCAGUUUCAUUUAUUUGAUUCACUUUUUGCUUCUCGCUCUCUCUCUCUCUUUCUCUCUCCUAUGGUCACAAAAAUUUCUUUGAUUUUCUUUUGAUCCAGCAGAUAAACAACCUUUUUCUUUUUAACAUUAUUACAUAACCCCAUAUCCAAGACCUUGCUUCUUCUUUCUAAGCAAGCACCUUUAAGCCUUAACCUUCAUCCCCUUUUAUUUGUUCCUUUCAAGAUUUUUCAUUAAAAAGGCUAAAGAGAAAGCAUGGGAAAUUCUUGUUUUUUAGGAAUAUUGGUAACAAUAUCCCUGUGUCUUCAGUUGUUUGGUGGUGGUGUUCAUGGUCUUGGUGUGAAUUGGGGUACCAUGGCAUCACAUAAACUUCCCCCCAAAACAGUGGUUCAGAUGUUAAAAGACAAUGGAAUAAAGAAAGUUAAGCUUUUUGAUGCAGAUUCAACUACUAUGAAUGCUCUUGCAGGAAGUGAUAUCGAAGUCAUGGUUGCUAUUCCUAAUGAUCAACUUCUUGCCAUGAACAGCUAUAAACGUGCUAAAGAUUGGGUUAGGAGGAAUGUCACAAGAUAUAAUUUCGAUGGAGGUGUUAACAUUAAGUAUGUAGCUGUUGGCAACGAGCCAUUUCUCACAACUUACAACGGCUCGUUCAUAAACAUCACGUUCCCUGCGCUUGAAAAUAUUCAAAAUGCACUUAACGAAGCUGGGGUUGGGGACUCGAUAAAGGCAACCGUGCCUUCAAAUGCAGAUGUCUACAACUCACCAGAAAGCAACCCUGUUCCAUCAGCUGGUCGGUUUCGGCCUGAUAUCAGUGGACUUAUGACACAGAUUGUUGAAUUUCUAGCCAAGAACGGUGCACCUUUCACCAUAAACAUCUACCCUUUCCUCAGUCUCUAUGGAAAUGAUGACUUCCCCUUUAACUAUGCUUUCUUUGAUGGAGGAAACCCGAUUGUUGAUAACGGGAUUCAGUACACGAACGUUUUCGAUGCCAACUUUGACACAUUGGUUUCAUCUUUGAGAGCUAUAGGGCAUGGGGACAUGACCAUUAUUGUUGGGGAGGUCGGUUGGCCCACAGACGGAGACAAGAAUGCCAAUAUAGCUAAUGCUCAGAGAUUUUACAACGGGCUCAUGCCUAGACUUGCAGGCAACGUCGGCACACCUUUGCGGCCAGGAUAUUUAGAAGUGUACUUAUUUGGCCUUCUAGAUGAAGAUGUAAAGAGUGUUGCUCCGGGAAACUUUGAGCGGCAUUGGGGAAUCUAUAGGUAUGACGGGCAGCCUAAAUUCCCACUCGAUCUUUCAGGCCAGAAUCAGAACCGGUUCCUCAUCCCUGCUCAGAAUGUCGAAUAUCUUCCUCAGAAAUGGUGCGUGUUCAAUCCAAAUGCUAAUGACCUGAGCAAACUUGCAGACAACAUAAACUAUGCCUGCACCUUCUCCGAUUGCACAGCACUUGGCUACGGAUCUUCAUGUAACAUCCUGGAUGCGAAUGGGAACGCAUCCUACGCAUUUAACAUGUACUACCAGGUGCAAAACCAGGAUGACAUGGCCUGUAAUUUUCAAGGUCUAGCCACGGUUAUAACACACAAUCCUUCACAAGGGACUUGCAAUUUUAUCAUUCAAAUUGCGUCUUCUUCUUUUGCUAUUGGUCCCUCACUGAUAGGAAUGACAUUUUUUGCUGUAAUAGCAACUGUAUUGCUAUAAACUUGAUUCUGUAGAUAACUGGGAUGUUGCUCUCUACUUCUUCUUUUCAAUUCAUUUUUGCUAGUCUCUUUUGUAUGUCA